GAGGCGCCCCGAGGGGGCGGUUCCCGUUCCACUGCGGAGCCGGAUGUUUGCAGAGCUUUGACAGGCGUGGCCGCGGGAGCAGCACCCGAGCGCGGUUCGUCUCAGGCUCUGCAAUAGGCCCGGCCAUGGACCCGCUCUCCGAGCUGCAGGAUGACUUGGCCCUGGAUGACCCCAGCCAGGCCCUGAACCAGCUCAAGCUGGCCUCUAUUGACGAGAAGAACUGGCCCUCGGAUGACAUGCCUGACUUCCCCAAGUCAGAUGACUCCAAAAGCAGCUCCCCGGAGCCCGUUACACACCUGAAGUGGGACGACCCUUACUAUGACAUUGCCCGACACCAGAUCGUGGAGGUAGCAGGUGAUGACAAGUAUGGGAGGAAGAUCAUUGUGUUCAGUGCCUGCCGGAUGCCACCCAGCCACCAGCUGGACCACAGCAAGCUCCUGGGGUACCUGAAGCACACACUGGACCAGUACGUGGAGAGCGACUACACACUCCUCUACCUGCACCAUGGCCUGACUAGCGACAACAAGCCCUCGCUCAGCUGGCUGCGUGAUGCCUAUCGGGAGUUUGACCGCAAGUACAAGAAGAACAUCAAAGCCCUCUACAUUGUGCACCCCACCAUGUUCAUCAAGACCCUGCUCAUCCUCUUCAAGCCCCUCAUUAGCUUCAAGUUCGGCCGAAAGAUCUUCUACGUGAACUACCUGAGCGAGCUCGGAGAGCAUGUGAAGCUGCAGCAGCUGGGGAUCCCUCGCCAAGUGCUCAAGUACGAUGACUUCCUCAAGUCCACGCAGAAGAGCCCCGCGACGGCCCCCAAGGCCAUGCCUCCCCGGCCGCCCCUGCCCAACCAGCAGUUUGGGGUCUCAUUGCAGCAGCUGCAGGAGAAGAACCCAGAGCAGCCCAUUCCCAUCGUGCUCAGGGACACCGUCGCCUACCUGCAGGCCCACGCUCUCAGCACCGAGGGCAUCUUCCGGAGGUCUGCCAACACCCAGGUGGUACGCGAGGUGCAGCACAAGUACAACAUGGGGCUGGCUGUGGACUUUGACCAGUACAAUGAGCUGCACCUGCCGGCUGUCAUCCUAAAGACCUUUCUGCGGGAGCUGCCUGAGCCCCUGCUGACCUUUGACCUGUACCCCCACGUGGUGGGCUUCCUCGACAUGGAGGAGAGGCAGAGGGUGGAGGCCACGGAGCAGGUGCUCCGGACGCUACCCGAGGAGAACUACCAGGUGCUUCGCUUCCUGACCACCUUCCUAGUGCAGGUUUCUGCUCACCAGGACCAAAACAAGAUGACCAACACCAACCUGGCUGUCGUCUUUGGCCCCAACCUGCUGUGGGCCAAGGAUGCCGCCAUCACCCUCAAGGCCAUUAACCCCAUCAACACCUUCACCAAGUUCCUCCUGGACCACCAAGCGGAGCUGUUCCCUGGCCCCAACUCCCCUGGGCUCUGAGCCCAGCCCCAUGCUGGCCCUUCUCUGGCAACCCAUCGGACCCCUCCUCCUGGCUUCUGCGGUGGGAGAGCUGGGGUGCCUGCUGGGUUGGGCUGUGGAGGCCAGGUGGGCAGCUGAGUGCGGUGGUGGGAUGGCCACUGGCUGCCGGCCAGCUGCCCACUCCAGCAGCCUCUGGUCUCCAAGACAUUCGUCUUCGCCUUAUAUUUUCCACUGCCUCUCUGGGUGCCUGGCUCCUGCGGGUCGUGGCUCUUCCAUUUGGAGGACUGAAUCUCAGUAACCCCUUUUCUGCUUUUUCCUGCUUCUGUCUCCCUGGCAGCAGUGGGUGACCCAGACUCCUGCCAGCUGGCCAGGGCCAGUCCUUCUUUUCCUAUGGCUGCAGAAUGAACAGCCAAACUCCAAGGCCUGGCCUGCCAUGCCCAGGAGCCUCCCUGUAAGGUCCAGUUGCUCUGCCCCUGGGAAGCCCUGUGACAGUGGGGCAUGGGAGCAGCCCUGCCUGCUCUGUCCACACAGUUCAGCCCUUGGCCCUUUGCAGCUGAGGAAUGCCAGGCUAUAGUCGGCUUCCUGGUUUCUGCCUCUGGUUCCCCCUUUCCCAAGUGGCACUGCCCCCCAGGGUUCCUAACCCCCUGGAUCUGCUAGCACUGGUAGCUCAGAUGUGGGACCCAGGAUCCUCGGGCCCACUGGGUAUAGCCACACUCCCAUCCAUGGUAGCUUCUCCAACAAGGAGACCUCAGCACAGUGCCCAUGAGAGGGACAGAGAUUUUGCCAAUAGACCAGUCCCUGCAAGGAGUCUUAGCAAUGUCCUCAAGGGAACCUGGUGCCUGUCAUUGUCUUCAGAAAGCCUGGGUUCUGACGAUGGUUGACAUUCCUCAUUUCUCCCCGGGACCUCUCCCUGUAGCGGGGACUACCAAAGUGACCCUGUGCUCACUGUGGGAGCUGAGCAGGACAGGCACCUCAAGCCUGUACUGAGGGAUGUUCCCAGACCGACCAGUGGGCUGGUUCCCUUGUUCCUGUGUCCAGGCCUGGCCUGACCUCAGCUCCCUGUCGCCUUUGUAUAUCGUGUUGCUCACAGCCCCAUUUCCUGGGGAGCCUUUGGAAUCUUCUGUCCCCUGCCCCACUGGAGUGUUCUGGGGGCAGUGGAACUGUGAAUCGAGUGUUCACAUCCACACCUAAUGACCUAAUGACGUCCUUGGCACCAAUCGUGUAUUUCACCGUUUGCACUUUUUUGUAUUUCAAUAAAAAUGGAAAAUUCCCA